AUGUUUAAAAAUGCCAAUUAUCCAAAUAUAAAAUACUUUAAAUAUGACGGAAAUAAAAUAACGUAUAGGACCGAAAAUUCUUCAAGUUUUUAUAAAAACAUUACGUUAUACGAAGAUAUUGGGUUUAGCAAAAAGUCACUAACUCUGCCGUUCAUGUGUGAAAUAGUCAAAGAUGGCGAAGAGAAAUCACCAAUUAGGCACUGUACACUAGAUUUGAAGUUAUAUGAAAAAAACGAACUAUUUGCAAAGUCAAUAGAUUCAUGUAUUAUAUUUCAAAAUGAAACAGAGUCAGAAUGUAACAUAGUAAUAAAUAGAAAUCACCAACUAUAUCCCCUAAUUAUAAAUAAAAUUACACCCCCAACCAGUGGAGGAUUGGUCGAAUUAAAUGGCCAUUACUUGUCUUUAGAUUCAAAUUAUUUAUUGUAUGAUAGAAAUAACGAUGAAUAUAAAAUUUUAAAACAAAUACCCUCAAAAAGUACAAAUAAUAAUAGCAAUCAUAAUGAUAGUAAUAAAAAUAUAAUUGAAUCUAUUUUUUUAGAGAUACCACCAGGAUCAGGGAAAAAUCAUUCAAUUAUUUUAAAUAGAAAUUUCAAAAAAAUAUAUAACUUUGACUAUCAAGAACCUAUAAUUUAUAAUAGUAGUAAUAAUUUAAACACCAUUACACUAUAUGGAUCGAAUUUUUAUAAUAAUAUCAACUUAACAAAACUAAUAAUUAACAAUCAAAUAAUAGAUUCAAAUAUAAUAUCCAUUGAUCAUAAUAAAAUAAUUUUUAAUUACAUAAAUAAUAAAAAAUAUGAUCAGCUAAAUAUACAAAUAAUAGUUAAUGAUAUUAUAAGUCAUGAAAAAUAUUUUUUAAAUUUUAAUAAUAAUAAUGGCUAUGGCUAUAACAAUAAUAACAAUCAAAUAAUUUUUAAAAUUAAUGAUUUGUCCAAAUUUAAAACCCACAAUGGUAUUUUAAUUUUAAAUGGCAAUAAUUUUAAUAAUAAUAAAUUUAAAUAUAAAAUAAUAAUAGAAAGUGAUGGAAAAAUAAAAAGAUGUUCCAAAAUACAAGUAAACUCCACAAAUAUUAUAGCUUUAUUACCUGAUGGAUAUGGAGAUAAUAAUAUUGUCAAAGUGUAUUAUAAUGAAAAAAUAAUAGAAAGCUCAAAAAAAUUAUCAUUCAAUUAUUUAAAAUCAGAAAUAAAAAAUGUCAGUGGUUUAAAUAGAAAUGGUGGAGUUAUAACAAUUUAUGGUGUUAAUUUCGCGAAUCCAUUCAAGGCAUAUGUAGGUGAAGAUUUGUGCAGCACACCAAAAUUAAUUUUUCACAAAAAUUCAAUUUUUACGAAAAAUUCCAAACCCAAAAAUAAUUAUCAGUUUGAUAAAAUCACGUGCUAUAUUGGGCCAAUUUUUAAUGAGGUGUUGGAAAAAGAAAUAAUAAAUUUAGAAAUAAAUAAUAAAAACUCAACCUAUAUUACCGAAUAUAAAGAUGAUAGUAAUAAUAAUAAUAAUAAUAAUAUUUAUAACAACUUAAAUAGUGAAAACAAUAAUGACAAAAAUAAAAAAAUUGAUUCUGAUGGUGAAAAUAAAAAAGGAAAUAAUUUUAAUAAUAAUAAACAACAUUAUAAUGAAUCAAAAAUUAACAAAAAUAAUAUUCACCCUCCCGGAACUCUAGAAACUCAAUUUUCUGUUAUUAUAAUAAUAAUCAUUAUUUUUUUGUUUUUGCUGGCUCUUAAAAAGUAUAAAAAAAAAACGCACAUUUAUAAUCAUGCUUCUAUUAAUAAUAAUGGUAGUGCAAACAACAAAAGCAAAUAAUAAUAAUUAAUAUAUAUCAAUUUCAUAACCGUAUUUAAACCAAUAUCAGUAAUUAUCUGUCAUACAAGUAUUUUUAUAUUUUUUAACCACAGAAUAUCAUCAUUUGCAGAGAGACCAAAUCAAAAAAAGGAUUCACGCAAGAUAUUUAAUACAAAAAAAUUAAAAAAUUAAAAAAAAAAAAGUUAAAAAAAAAAAAUAAAAUUU